AUGGUAGAAAUCCGCGAAAUCAACGAGGGGGACGUGCAAGUCCGCAACGACAUACAAAACCUCGUCAACCAGACCUCGUUGCAAUGGAUCUUUGUCGGUGGAAAGGGAGGUGUUGGCAAAACCACAAUCUCCUCCUCCAUUGCCACUGCACUGGCUGAAACCAGGGAAUCCGUGCUUUUGCUAUCCACCGAUCCCGCGCACAGCCUCAGUGACGCAUUCGGGCAGAAGUUCUCCCACGAGCCUAGGCUAGUGAACGGGUUCAAGAAUCUCUACGCAAUGGAGCUGAACACAUCGCAUAUCAUGGAUGGACUGGAUGGACUGAAGGAAACGCACUCCUUCCUCAAAAACAUCCCCGACAUUUUCACGAUGUUGCCAGGUCUCGACGAAGCGCUGACCUUCGUGGAGCUCAUGCAGUCGGUGCAGAGCAAGAGGUUCUCGGUCACGGUAUUCGACACCGCGCCCACGGGGCACACACUCAAGUUCCUCAAACUGCCCGAGGUGCUCGAAAAGGUUGUGGAGACGGUGCUCAACCUGGAGAGCGCCAUGGGAGGCCUCUUCCAGCUUUUCACGGCAAUGUCCACGUCGAGCAUGUCACAGCAGGAACUCUUCGAUAAGAUUAAAUCGAUCAAGACGAUGAUCAACACGACGCACGAUCAAAUGAGGAACCCCAACCUCACCACGUUCGUUUGCGUCUGCAUCCCAGAGUUCCUCAGCGUGUACGAGACAGAGCGGCUCAUCCAGGACCUCGCCAGGGGCUCUAUUGACUGCUCGUACAUCGUGGUCAACCAGGUCCUCAAACAUAUCGAAAUCGGCGGACUCAUCGACGACGCGUGGGAGGGCCUCACCGAUGAGCAGCGCCAGAAAAUGAUGCCCUUCUUCGACAAGGUCAGGGAGCACCACUCCACGCACAACAGCAGGGUCAACGUGCAGCGCAAGUAUCUCCAAGACAUCAAGGACCUAUACGCCGAAGAUUUCAACAUUCUGGCGAUCCACCAGAACAAGCAAGAAGUCAGAGGGAAAGAAGCGCUGUUGGCCUUUGCCCAGCAGCUCUUGCGCCACAACCCCCUGCCCCUGUAA